AUGGCGCACGUUAGCAACUGCCUGCUCGCAAUCUUCAACCUCCUCUCGCUCCUCCUCUCGAUUCCGAUGGUCGUCGCGGCGGCGUGGGCGUGGCGCGUCUCCGCCACGCACUGCGGCCGGUUCCUGCAGGCGCCGUUGGUGACGCUGUCGGUGGCGGUCCUGGUGAUCUCGGCGGCGGGGCUGCUGGGCGCCGCCCUACGGCUGACGUGGCUGACGUGGGCGUACAUGGCGGCGAUGUCGGCGGCGAUCGCCGGAAUUAUGGCGGCGACGGCGCUGGCCUUGGCGGUGGUGCGGGAGGGGAGGUCCGGCGUGGAGGCGAUCCCAGGGAAAGCGUACGUGGAGUUCAGGGCGGAAGGGUACUCAGAAUGGCUGAGAAAUAGGGUUUUCGGACAUUGGGAUACGAUGAAGAGGUGCUUGAUUCAGGAAAACAUCUGCCGAUCCAUGGCGGACGACCAUGCCGCCAUGUCCGCCCGAGAGUUCUACUCCAAACCCCUAAAUCCUCUGCAGUCCGGCUGCUGCAAGCCCCCAAAUGAGUGCAAAUUCGAAUACGUGAGCCCGACAAAAUGGAGGGCGACGGACAAGUCUAGCACGGCCAAAAAUAAUACUAUUAAUCCUGAUUGCGGAGCAUGGAGCAACGAUGACAACAUUUUGUGCUACAACUGUGAAUCGUGCAAAGGGGCGAUGCUCUUCCAGCUCAACCUAAGCUUGAUGAAGUUUGGCGCUGUCGGCAUCAUCAUCCUCAGCUACCUCAUCAUCGUCUUCGCCGUCGGAUGCUGUGCCCUCCGGAAUAAUAGGAAGCAGGAUGAAAUGAAAAAUGGACAAAGAUGA